CCAGGUGGUGCCGGAAGCCGGCGGCCGCUCCGACAAGGGUCCGGGCAUGGCGGGCUGGGGCCUGCUGGGCCGGCUGGGGGGGCGGCUGUGGACGGCAGCGCCGGGUAGGACCCUCUGGGCUGCGGGGGCUUCUGCCCACAGGGGGCAGCUGGGCUUUGUAGUCAGGCACGUUAAGAGUACAGUGUAUUGGGAUGAACAUCUUUCUGAAGAGAAUGUGGAGUUCCUCAAGAAGGUAACUGCAGAGGAAUACAAAGCUCAGACAGCCAGCAAGCUCUGCCCUCUGAAAGAUGAGCCGUGGCCACUGAAUGAGUGGAAACCAGAUUCCAUCAGAGUUGGUGUUGUUGCAGUAAAACUGGGAAUGAUGCCAAUAUGGACCAAGUCAGGAAAAAAACAUGCUGUCACACUACUUAAGGUGCAAGAUUGUCAUGUUUUAAAAUACAUUUCAAAGGAGGAGUCGGGCGGAAAAACAUCUCAGCUACUUGUUGGAGGCAAAAAUGGAUCUCCUUUUUAUAAAUCAGAGGCUCUAAUGGAAAUUUUUAGAGAAGCUGGAGUACCUCGGAAGCAGAAAGUUUCAACAUUUAAUGUAACAGAUGAUGCAUUAAUUAAACCAGGUACUCCUUUGUAUGCUGCUCACUUCCGCCCAGGGCAGUUCGUGGACGUUACUGCAAAAACAAUUGGUAAAGGAUUUCAAGGUGUUAUGAAAAGGUGGGGAUUUAAAGGUCAGCCUGCAAGCCAUGGCCAGACAAAAACUCACAGACGUCCCGGAGCAAUAUCUACCAAUAAAGCCUCCAAAGUUUAUCGUGGAAAGAAAAUGCCUGGUAAAAUGGGUAACAUCUACAGGACAUCCUAUGGAUUAAAGGUGUGGAGGAUUAACACAAAACAUGACAUAAUUUAUGUAAAUGGAUCUGUACCUGGCCACACAAAUUGUCUGGUUAAGGUCAGAGAUAGCCACUUGGCUUCUUACAAGGACUGCAAUAAAAACCCUCCAUUCCCUACAUAUUUUGCUGAUGGAGAUGAAAAACUACCAGAAGACCUGUAUGAUGAGGAGAUGUUCCAGUUCACAGAUCCAUCUGUCACAUAUGCAUAAUGUACUUCACAAUUUUGAAAGCACACACUUUUGUUAUUUUCAUGAACUUUGUAAUGAUAUAUAUAAGUAAACCUAUGAAUUGCAGUCUGGCCAGCUGACUGGGACAGUUCAGAUGUUGCCAUUUCAGUCAGGUAAUAAGAUUUACCACUGUUGAUUUCAAACCUGUAUUUAAAGCAACAGGGUGAGUCUAAGAGGCAGUUCCAUAAAGCGCACCAAACCAUUUAUUUUCAGUAAUCUUAUGCCUUGUGUUUAUGUAUUUUGGAAAAAAAAAUGUUGUUUUGAACAUGGAUGCAUUUAAUUUUUUUGAAUGCUACCCAAACUCUUUCACUUUUAUGGAAAGUAUUCUGGCCAUCUCUGAUCAGUCAAAAAACCCUCCAGAUCUUCUUUGACAUCUGUGAAGAAUAAUACAAAAUAAACCAGGAAAAUGUAUUGAUGAAUAGCA